GUUGUUGCAACUUUGUGAGAUCCUGGGGAAGGUGCUGAGACUUUGGCUCGGGCCGGUUUCCCGGUCUCGAGAUCCUUGCAGGGAUUCCCUGAGCCGCAUCCUCUCUUCCCUCAGUGCGCGGGUCCUCGGAGCCCGCUGCCCUCUCUGUCCUGGCCCCUCGGCCUACUCACCCGUCCCGUCCCCUUCAGUUGCCCCCUGCCUGCACGGGGAAGGCUUGCUGAGGGUCGCCCCGGUUUCUUGUCGACUGCAGAACCCGAAAGUUUGCAAGAGAAAGAGAGCGCGCGGCGAGCGAGCGGGCCGGGGGCAGCGGCAGCGGCAGCGGCACCGGGGACCAUGGUGCUGCCGGCGCCUCCUCCGCGGGCGUGAAGGCGGCGCUCCCACUUCCUCCCCGGACUCCGCGGUGUCCCAGAAGCUUUUGUUGACAAUUCCAGUUUCCGAACAAAACAUUUCGGCAAUGGUGAGGGCUUCGAUCCCUUCUCUGAUUUGCUGUCGGCCAUGAACGGAUGGAUGUGAUGCCUGCUAGCCAAAAGGCUUCCCUCCGUGAGUUGCAGUCCUGUGGCAUCAUGCAUGCUCCCUCCCAGUGACCCCAGGCUUUUUAUGGCUGUGAGACACAAUAAAACUUCAGGGGUAAGACGUGACCUUUCGAGGUGACUAUAACUGAAGAUUGCUUUACAGAAGCCAAAAAAAGGUUUUUGAGUCAUGAUGCAAGAAUCUGGGACUGAGACAAAAAGUAACGGUUCAGCCAUCCAGAAUGGGUCCGGCGGCAGCAACCACUUAUUAGAGUGCGGCGGUCUUCGGGAGGGGCGGUCCAACGGAGAGACGCCGGCCGUGGACAUCGGGGCAGCCGACCUCGCCCACGCGCAGCAGCAGCAACAGGCACUUCAGGUGGCAAGACAGCUCCUUCUUCAGCAGCAACAGCAGCAGCAAGUUAGUGGAUUAAAAUCUCCCAAGAGGAAUGACAAACAACCAGCUCUUCAGGUUCCCGUGUCAGUGGCUAUGAUGACACCUCAAGUUAUCACUCCCCAGCAAAUGCAGCAGAUCCUCCAGCAACAAGUGCUGAGCCCUCAGCAGCUCCAGGUUCUCCUCCAGCAGCAGCAGGCCCUCAUGCUUCAACAGCAGCAGCUUCAAGAGUUUUAUAAAAAACAACAGGAACAGUUGCAGCUUCAACUUUUACAACAACAACAUGCUGGAAAACAGCCUAAAGAGCAACAGCAGGUGGCUACCCAGCAGUUGGCUUUUCAGCAGCAGCUUUUACAGAUGCAGCAGUUACAGCAGCAGCACCUCCUGUCUUUGCAGCGCCAAGGCCUUCUGACAAUUCAGCCCGGGCAGCCUGCCCUUCCCCUUCAACCUCUUGCUCAAGGCAUGAUUCCAACAGAACUGCAGCAGCUCUGGAAAGAAGUGACGAGUGCUCAUACUGCAGAAGAAACCACAGGCAACAAUCACAGCAGUUUGGAUCUGACCACGACAUGUGUCUCCUCCUCUGCACCUUCCAAGACCUCUUUAAUAAUGAACCCACAUGCCUCUACCAACGGACAGCUCUCAGUCCACACUCCCAAAAGGGAAAGUAUGUCCCAUGAGGAGCACCCCCAUAGCCAUCCUCUCUAUGGACAUGGUGUGUGCAAGUGGCCAGGCUGUGAAGCAGUGUGCGAAGAUUUCCAAUCAUUUCUAAAACAUCUCAACAGUGAGCAUGCGCUGGACGAUAGAAGUACAGCCCAAUGUAGAGUACAAAUGCAGGUUGUACAGCAGUUAGAGCUACAGCUUGCAAAAGACAAAGAGCGCCUGCAAGCCAUGAUGACCCACCUGCAUGUGAAGUCUACAGAACCCAAAGCCGCCCCUCAGCCUCUGAAUCUGGUAUCAAGUGUCACUCUCUCCAAGUCCGCAUCGGAGGCUUCUCCACAGAGCUUACCUCAUACUCCAACAACCCCAACUGCCCCGCUGACUCCCGUCACCCAAGGCCCCUCUGUCAUCACCACCACCAGCAUGCACACGGUGGGACCCAUCCGCAGGCGGUACUCAGACAAAUACAACGUGCCCAUUUCUUCAGCAGAUAUUGCGCAGAACCAAGAAUUUUAUAAGAACGCAGAAGUUAGACCACCAUUUACAUAUGCAUCUUUAAUUAGGCAGGCCAUUCUCGAAUCUCCAGAAAAGCAGCUAACACUAAAUGAAAUCUAUAACUGGUUCACAAGAAUGUUUGCUUACUUCCGACGCAACGCGGCCACGUGGAAGAAUGCAGUGCGUCAUAAUCUUAGUCUUCACAAGUGUUUUGUGCGAGUAGAAAACGUUAAAGGGGCAGUAUGGACAGUGGAUGAAGUAGAAUUCCAAAAACGAAGGCCACAAAAGAUCAGUGGUAACCCUUCCCUUAUUAAAAACAUGCAGAGCAGCCACGCCUACUGCACACCUCUCAAUGCAGCUUUACAGGCUUCAAUGGCUGAGAACAGUAUACCUCUAUACACUACCGCUUCCAUGGGAAAUCCCACUCUGGGCAACUUAGCCAGCGCAAUACGGGAAGAGCUGAAUGGGGCAAUGGAGCAUACCAACAGCAACGAGAGUGACAGCAGUCCAGGCAGGUCUCCUAUGCAAGCCGUGCAUCCUGUACACGUCAAAGAAGAACCCCUCGACCCAGAGGAAGCUGAAGGGCCCCUGUCCUUAGUGACAACAGCCAACCACAGUCCAGAUUUUGACCAUGACAGAGAUUACGAAGACGAACCAGUAAAUGAGGACAUGGAGUGAAUAUCGGGGCGGGCCAACCCCGAGAAUGAAGAUCGGGAAAAGGAAAAAAAAAAAAAAACACAAACGUCAAAAGUUAGCAGUGAAAUUGUUCUCCAUUUGUUGUACAGUCUGGAGGAUUUUCACUACGUUUUGACAACUCUGAAACGUGUUAACUCUUAGUGCCAUCAAGAACCCCAUUUGGGAGUAUUUUUGAUUUUUCUACUUUUUGUUGAAAAAAGGAAUUUGUACUCUGUGCAUUGGAUGGACUUGUUUGGUACUUGGGAUUUUCCUCUCUUAACCGUCAACAUCAGUGUUGUAAAUUUGCUAAACUGAUUCACUUUUAGCAGCAGACUUUGAACUGCAGUCCUGCCAACGUUGGACACGGAGGACGCCCGACGGAGCUUGUGCACCUAAGCUGCAGACCAAGCCUUUGCCCAGAAUUUAAGGAUUCCAAUGGACGACCUAUUUGCACAGUACUGCAUGUUGAUUAUCACUGCCUUUACUCCAUUUCCUUUUUUUUUUUUUUUUUUUUUUGCUUCCAGUUGGGAUGGGGAAGGCCUUUGUGUGUGUAUUGGGGGGAGGGGUUAAAAAAUAAUUAUCCCAAACUUUUUAAUGUAUUGCUUUUUUUUUUUUUUUUUCCCCCCUUCUACUAUACCAUUUUAAGUUCUGACCUCAGGCCUCCAUUUGGGCCGAUGGCCUCUUGGAGGCUUAAAGUUUUCUGUACCUUGUGAUGAAUGUUAAUAGGUGUUUUUAUUAUACAAAGCUGAAUGUCAUUUCUCGUUUGUAGCUUUCUGUCACUCAUUCCAUCUUCCUUCAGACAUCACCGUUUCUCUAAAGUCAGAAAACAUUCCGUUUUGGUCUUUUUCAAAAAGGUCCCAAAUGCUGCACUCUAUACAUGAAGGCCCUCUCACACAGACGUGACGUCCUGCCAGAAAGAGAAUGAAUGACAGAAAAAAAAAAAAAAAAAAAAGAGACACACCCUAGGAACAAUGCCGAUUCAUUCCACGCAGUGGUAUUGGGGGUGGUUGGGGGGAGGGAUGUUUCGGAUUUUCCUUUUUUUUUUCUUUUUGCAGCAACCAUCAUUCUUAAUAAAUGCCACCACAUUCUACCAGCACAGGGAAACAUAGGCAGCACCGGAAAAAAAGCUCAUACGAAUUAGACUGACGGUAUGGCCGUGGAAGGCUCUCCCUUGUGGAACCAAUUUGCCAUGGGCCUUAGGAGCUCUGUGAUAAUGAGGGUGGGUUGGUUUUGUUUGCAAGUUGGCCAAAAACCCGGCCCUGGUGGCGGCAGCGCUGAGUUUUAUACAUUAGUUCAGACCUGCUUGGUGGCAUUAAACUGUUCGCAUGCAAAUUCCAUUUCAGAUUGAACUUCUUAAGAGAGUUAAUGAGGACUGAGUUCAGCAAAUGCUAAAGUGUUAAUUUCAAAUAUGCAAAUUUGAUACUGCAGUUUAUUAUGCAAUAUUAUAUCACCAACCCAGUAUCAGAAACUCAUAGAAGGUAUCAUGUAGGUCCUGGGCUUUGGGAGUUCCCACACAUGGUAUGCAGAAUGUGACAGUUACAGGUCAGUACAACCUCAGUCCUUAGAACCCCUCUGCACUUCCACUCUGCACCCACUUUUCCUGUCAUUUAUUUAUCUAGGACUGUAGCUCAUUUUUUAGUUCGAGAGCCUUUCAAAUCUUAAUUUAUAUUCUUUGUACCUUUUUUUUUCCUAAAAUUACCAAAGAUAUUACACAAAGGUAAAUUAAGUUCUCUGUUUUAUGCUUUAUCUGAUGAAGCCAAAUAUCCUCUUAUUGUUGAUCAAAGGAGGCAAAAGAAUUUAGAGGCAAAUGACAAGCGAUAGGCUAUUGCAACCUGAGAAAGAGAACUGCUCCUUCAUCAUAGAGUAAAUUUAGAAGACCAAGUAGAAAAUGGAACCAAAGUUGUUACUUUUUUCUAGUAGUUAUUUUUUCUUUUUGUGUACCUCUACAGAGACCAAAACUCAUUUCUCUUAGAGAUUUUAUGGGGCUACUGCAGAUAAAAAUAGGACACAAUAUUAAAGGAGCUACAGAAGGAAGGGAGUCCCAUCUCAGAAAAAAAUGAAUGUAUGCCACUGCAAUUAGAGUAUCCAAUAAAGGAGACAGUUUAGAGUCAGAACAGAAAAGCUUCCAUAAGUGAACUAGAUCACAUAAUAGCAUUUCUAGGAAAAAAGAUAUUUUAAGAUUGUAUGCCACUUUUGUUUAAGAACUGUGCUGUGAUCACUGUAUUAAUUUUGGUUAAUCUUGGCAUAUAUCCUUCAGUUUUUUAUUUUUAAUUUUUCCUUCCUUUUCCAAUUAGGCUUUGGUCAGCAUUUUUCAUUUAAAGAAAAGUAACACUCCCAUCCACUCAUAAGCUUGGUACAAAAACUUCUCUGGCAGUUACUUUUGAAGCUUCACUCUGCUUUCUGUAUAAAGGGCAGUCUGUGGUCACGCAAGACUUUAAAAAAAAAAAAAAAAAAAAAAAAAACUUUUCCAGGCAGCUUCAUGAUGUGCAGGCAAUAGCCAGACAGGGUCAUGGGAAGGGGGCCCUGUGCUUCUAAACUGAGUGGUUGCUGGUUAGUUUGGUAUUCAAAAGAGGAUAAAAAUCUGGUAGAUUAGUUCAUUCUCAGCAUGUGUAGCUAGACAUGAGUAAAGAUAACAGCAUGAGAAACUGUUAGUACGCAUACCUCAGUUCAAACCUUUAGGGAAUGAUUAAAAUUAAAAAAAAAAAUACAUUUCACUCAGUUGCACCUAGUCGUAUGUCUUGCAUGCUUAGUCUAAAGACUGUAGCAAAAAAAAAAAAAAAAAAAAAAAAAAAAAAGAAAGAAAAAUUAGAUUUUACAUAUCUUUGCAGGUAUCACAGCCUUGCAGAAGAACCAACUGAAAAAAAAAAUAUUCUCAGGCUUUACAGCAAGCAAACUUCACUAUGAUUUUUACAGUUCCGAUUCUGUAUCCCCUGGGGGUUAUCCCAGUUGCUUCUUUAGGAUGGGGUUUAUUAUGUUGUACAUAUAUCCUGAUGUGUCUGUGUGAAUCUUUGUCUUUUUUGGGGGAGGGCGGAGGGCGGUUCUUUUUUUAGAUAUUGUUCCUAAAAAGGAAUAAAUGCAUACACCUGUUUGUCAAAACACCUUUGCUUUUUGUGCAACUGCUUUAUAUUAACGAUACUAAAAAAAAAAAAAAA